CGGAAGAUGCAUCGGGGUUAGGUGUGGUGAACUCGCCCGAGGAAGUGAUGGAGGUGGUGUCUUCGAGGGUGAUGUGGUGGAAAAAGCGGGUGCAGGAGGUGCCAUGCGGGGGCUGGUGGGGAGGGUGGAGGAGUCGAUCGUGGUGAAGCAUGCGAGAGAGGAGGUCAUCAAGGGGCAUGUCGGGUUUGUGGGCGAGGGCGGUUGCAAGGUCUUUGUGGCAUACUCGUUUGAUGCGGGAGAUGAACGCAAAGUCGGGAAUGACGGUGUGAGGGAGGUGGUGGAGGAGGGAGCGGACGUAUUGGACGAAGCGGUCCGUGGGACGUGUCUGGCGGAGGUGGAAAAAUUGUUCAAGGUAGUCGUCAAUGGUUUUCUGGGGGCGGAAGGUGGCAGUGAGAAGGUUGGCCCAUUGGAGGAAGGAGUGGAGGAGGUCGGCGGGGGGGUAUUGCGGGAGGCGGCUGUGGAGGAGAGAGUGGUUUGCACUGUGGAAGAUGGAGUGGUUUGCGCUGUGGAGGAGGGAGCAGUUUGCGCUGUGGAGGAAGGAGUGGUUUGCCCGGUGGUGACGCCCGUGAUGGAGGGGAUGGUCCCUUCGAUCGUGGUGACGUGGUCGCAUAUGGACGACAUGUUGGCCUUUAUGUCGUCGAGAGAGGCGGUGACGGAGGUUCGAAGGGUGUUGAGUGCGUGGAGGAUGGCGGAGAGGUCAGGGGUGGCGGUGUUUGUUGGUGGUUUUUCGCCUGCGAGGUUGCGGGCGAUGCUAUCGACUGAGUCAGUGCGGAUGUCAGACAUGUUGAUGGAGGAUGCGGCCAUGUCGGGGGAAGAGGGGGUGGAGGACGUGGCCUGAACGGGUGUGGAGGAUGCAGCAGCAGCGGCGGCGUUUGCGGCGGCACGUUGGGAGUUUUUGGUUUGGCGUGGUGGCAUGUGGAGGUGGGGGGGGCAAUCCCUUAUUUAUUUAUCAAUAAAUUCAAAAAUAAAGA